AUGUCGAACUCUCCCAAAAGUCCAGAUACGAGUGCGAAGCGGCGCAAGAAGACCAAGGUUGACCGAGAAAAGACUAGUGGUUUUGACGAAGUCCUGCAAGCUGAUAUCGACCACCUUCUGCGGAAGCACAAGCCGGAGAGCGAGAUUGGCGUAGAAGAUGCUUCCACACCACCACCGACUUCUCUACCGGAGACUUUUACCGAGAUCGAAGUCAAGGUCACCGAGAUAUCCUCAACUGGCGAUGGCCUUGCAUUGUCCGAAGAUGCGAACCAUGUCUACGUCGUUCCGUUUACCGUGCCCGGCGAUAAGGCCUUGGUGAAGAUCGUGCGGCAUUUUCCUCGAUUGUCCUACAGUUUGACAGAUUUUCUCAAAGUGAUUGAGCCAGGCCCUCAGCGAAAUGAUGCCGGGAUAGGGUGCCAAUACUUUGGCAAGUGCUCCGGUUGCCAGCUACAGAUGAUGCCCUACGAAGAUCAGCUGGCUCAUAAGAAGCGCAUUGUGGAAAAGGCUUAUGCCAACUUCUCCGGCUUGAUCCCGGAGUUAAUUCCGGCCGUUGACAACACUUUUCCCUCCCCUCUGCAGUACGGUUAUCGCACGAAGUUGACGCCACAUUUUGCGGGCCCCGGCGGGAACAGGAGGAGCAAAGCUCCUAAAGAACCUCAUAAAGAGGUCCCACCCAUUGGAUUCUGUUAUAAGAACCAGCGCCGGGAUCUGGAUAUUGAAGAUUGUCCUUUGGGUACCGAUAUUGUGCGAAAGGGCCUGAAAAGUGAGAGAAAGAAGGUUGCAGAAAACAUUGGGAAAUACACUAAAGGCGCAACUAUUUUGUUGCGUGAAUCUACCGCGCGACUUCCUAAAGAUGGUGUGGAUCCUGGUUCGACGGUCAAGGACCGUGAGAUUGAAGUGGGCGAGGAUUCCGGAGAUGUGAUUCAGAUCGAACGAGAGAAGUACACCGAAGAGAAGCGGUGUGUGACGGAUCCCAAUGGUACGUCGGUCGAGUACAUCGAUGAUUACUUCUUCAGCAACAGAGCUGGCGCUUUCUUCCAAAACAACAAUUCCAUCCUCUCCGGCUUCACAGACUACAUCCGCCAGCUUGCGUUACCAAAAAACAACCAAGAAGACCCCAAGCCGAUCAAGUAUCUUCUAGAUGCCUAUUCCGGGUCCGGUCUUUUCACAAUCACCCUCUCGCCGCUCUUCAAGUCAAGCCUUGGUGUGGAUGUGGCCGGAGAUUCCAUUGUCUCUGCACGAGAGAAUGCGCGCGCCAACUCCCUUCCCAACACUGGCUUUGCCGCGGCAGAUGCCGCCACGCUUUUCAAAGACGUACCCUAUCCUCCCGACCAGACACUCCUUGUCAUUGACCCGCCCCGCAAGGGUUGCAGUGAUGAUUUCCUCCAACAGCUUCUGACUUUUGGGCCUCGCCGCGUCGUCUAUGUGAGUUGCAACGUGCAUACUCAGGCGCGGGAUGUGGCGGUUAUGGUCCAGGGUGACAAGGAAAAGAAUAUCCGUUUUGAGAUUGAGAGUAUCAGAGGCUUUGAUUUCUUUCCUCAAACGGGCCACGUUGAAGGUGUGGCAAUCUUAAACAAGACUACAUUCUAA